UGGGGGCGGUCAUUUGUCAGCUUUCUGGACACACAGAGACAGACAGGAUGGAUUUCCUCCGGCUACAUCUCCCUGGGCUGCAUCAGGCCUUACGGGGAGCGCUGGAUUCCCUCAGCUCCUUUGUCUCCUACCUUAUGGGAGAUGAAGUCCCUACUGCAGACAGGAAGGAGGAGAGGGCAGCCGAGGAACUGGGGGAGGUGGCUGUGGGAAGGCAAGGGAAACCUGAAAAGAAGGAAGCCCAGGAGGCCCUGGAGGGCCUCGGAGGCAGCCAAAGCCAGGAGGAUGGAGGACUGAGAGGGCCCAGAGAAGCUGGAAGAUGCCAGGAGGGAAGUUCAGCUACAGAACAGACCUGGGCUUGGGAAGAAGGCCGCUCCCACAGGUCUCGGGCAGAGAGGCAACACACUGGGGUCCAGGAGGCAGCCAAGGUUGCCAGGUGCCAGGAACCAAGGGCCCACUUAGAGGCCAGAAAGGAGUCCGAGGCAGGGUCUGAGGCUGGUCGAGACAACAGCAGCCAAGCCCAGGAGAGUCAAGGGCCCAGUGAGCAGGAAGUGAAGAGAGAGGAGAUACUAAGAACCCGGGAACAGGAGGAGGAGGCGGAAGGGGUCAGGGAAAGAAAACCAGAGGUGGCCAGGAAGGCGGAGUCAGAGUGGACCUGGCACAGGGAGCCUGAGGGGGUGGUAGGUGCCGAUAGGCAGAAGGUAGCAGGGGACAGCAGGGAGUCUCUAGAACCGGUCAAGGAGGCAGUUGUAGAGGAGGUCCAUGGGUCUGCAGCCAAACAGGCCAGGCAGGAAGAAGAGCUGAUGGCGGUCCUAAGGGGUAGUGAAGGCACAAGGGCACAGGAAGCACAGGAGUCGGGGACAGAAUGUGAGGACAGGACAACCUCAGGCAGGGAGGAGGACGGGACAGCCUCAGGCAGGGAGGAGGACGGGACAACCUCAGACGGGACAGCCUCAGGCAGAGAGGAGGACGGAACAGCCUCAGGCAGAGAGGAGGACGGGACAGCCUCAGGCAGAGAGGAGGACGGGACAACCUCAGGCAGAGAGGAGGACGGGACAGCCUCAGGCAGGGAGGAGGACGGGACAACCUCAGUCAGGGAGGAGGACGGGACAGCCUCAGGCAGGGAGGAGGACGGGACAGCCUCAGUCAGGGAGGAGGACGGGACAGCCUCAGGCAGGGAGGAGGACGGGACAGCCUCAGGCAGGGAGGAGGACUGGACAACCUCAGUCAGGGAGGAGGACGGGACAGCCUCAGGCAGGGAGGAGGACGGGACAGCCUCAGUCAGGGAGGAGGACGGGACAGCCUCAGGCAGGGAGGAGGACGGGACAGCCUCAGGCAGAGAGGAGGACGGGACAACCUCAGGCAGAGAGGAGGACGGGACAGCCUCAGGCAGGGAGGAGGACGGGACAACCUCAGUCAGGGAGGAGGACGGGACAGCCUCAGGCAGGGAGGAGGACGGGACAACCUCAGUCAGGGAGGAGGACGGGACAGCCUCAGUCAGGGAGGAGGACUGGACAGCCUCAUGCAGGGAGGAGGACGGGACAACCUCAGUCAGGGAGGAGGACUGGACAGCCUCAUGCAGGGAGGAGGACGGGACAACCUCAGGCAGAGAGGAGGACGGGACAGCCUCAGGCAGAGAGGAGGACGGGACAGCCUCAGGCAGGGAGGAGGACGGGACAACCUCAGUCAGGGAGGAGGACUGGACAGCCUCAUGCAGGGAGGAGGACGGGACAGCCUCAGGCAGGGAGGAGGACGGGACAGCCUCAGGCAGGGAGGAGGACGGGACAACCUCAGUCAGGGAGGAGGACUGGACAACCUCAGGCAGGGAGGAGGACGGGACAGCCUCAGGCAGAGAGGAGGACGGGACAGCCUCAGGCAGGGAAGAGGACGGGACAACCUCAGUCAGGGAGGAGGACUGGACAACCUCAGGCAGAGAGGAGGACGGGACAGCCUCAGGCAGAGAGGAGGACGGGACAGCCUCAGGCAGGGAAGAGGACGGGACAACCUCAGUCAGGGAGGAGGACUGGACAGCCUCAUGCAGGGAGGAGGACGGGACAGCCUCAGGCAGAGAGGAGGACGGGACAACCUCAGGCAGGGAGGAGGACGGGACAACCUCAUGCAGGGAGGAGGACUGGACAGCCUCAUGCAGGGAGGAGGACGGGACAACCUCAGGCAAGGAAGAGGACGGGACAACCUCAGUCAGGGAGGAGGACGGGACAGCCUCAGCUGGAAAGGAGGGUGACCUCUCAGGAGCCAGGAUGACAGAAUAUGGGGAAGUCUCAGGAGAAAAGCCCUCAGAGGGCACUGGGAGGACCUGGGCAUUCGAGGACGCCUCCAGGGAAGAGCAGGAGGAGGAGGCGGAUGAGCACAGAGAGGCUGUGAUGAGCUUUUACCCCAAACCGACCCGUGUCCUGGGAACUAAGAGCGCAGGAGAACCAGCUAAGGAGCAGAGAGCAGGGGCGGAGGCUGAAGAAGGCCAGGGGUCAGAGGGGGACGUAAGGGAGGGCUUUGAGGUCCAGGAAGAUCAGGGAGUGAAAGACGCUGAGGGAAAGCAAACCUCAGUGGUCAGGACUGUUCCAGCCCAUCUGGAGGAGGCGGCGGUGGCAGAAAAGGCCAAAGAGGAGGAAAAGGGUUGCCGGGUCUCGGAGGCUGCGUUGCCCAAGGACAACUUGGCAAAUGAGCCUGAAGAGGAUGCUGACCUUGAAGUGGCCCCAGGGACCAGCAGUCCUGAGAAGGAAUCCAGCUGGGAGAGGAGUGAUGGGGAGGCUCAGACAGGCGGAGAAGCACAGGGGUGUAGUGGGGCGGGGUGGGGCGACCUUGAGCAUGAAGUCACGGAAGGCCGGGCACCUGAGCUGGUGGCAGGCCCCCAGACCCUGGCGGGGCAGCCCGAGGAAGAGCUCUGGGGCGCUUCAGCCCUGAGCGAAGAGGAGACGGGAGGGAGCCCGGAGGAAUUCCCUAGGACCAUGGGAGUCCUGGUUGGGGCAGAGGCCUGGGAGAGCCAGAGAAGGGAUGCAGAAAGAGGGGACGCCCGGGAGGAAAAAGCAGAUGCAGGAGAGGGGGAGGUUGCAGGAGGCUGGGCACCGGAGGAGGCCGAGGGAGGCCGAGAGUCUACAUUCCCAGAUGUCCCGGAGGCAGGCAGGGAGGGGAAGAAAGCCCAAGAAAUAGCAGCAGAGGAGGGAGAGACCCUUGGAGCAGAGAGUCAGGGGCUGGGUGGAAGACAUGGGGUAGACGCAUGGACAGGCCAGUCCCUGGGAGAGUCCGAUGCCGGAGAAACCAAGGAUGAGGAGGUGGAGGCCGCGGUGCCCUGGGCGGCAGACCCAACAUCCGGUGGAGACAGGAGGCUAGAGGAGGCCACACUGAGUCUCCAGGACAGCGAGGACCCAGGGGCCAGUUCUUUGGCGGCUGAGAUAGCAAGGGAUGAUGUAGCUCUGGACGGAGGAGCAGCGGGGGCAGAGGGAGGGCCGGCAAGAGAGGCUGGGGAAGCUCGGGGCUCAGAAGGGAGACAGGAGGUUCCGGGAGGCAUGGGGCUGAUGGAGGUUACACGGGGAGGAAACCGAGGCCGGCUGGGAUUCGGCCCAGAGGGCUCAGCAGACGAGGAGGUGGCUGGCAGAGGGGCCCAGGCAGAGGCUUUGGAGGCCAGAGAGGGCGAGCCCAGGGGAGAGUGGGUGGAGGUCAGGGAGCCUGCGGUGGAGGAAGGAAGCUGUGGGAUGGAUGGCUUUACCUCGGGCUCCCAGGUGGUGAGGGCAGAGGGGACCGUGACCACAAGGGAAGCCGAGGGGCUCCCGGGGGGACAGACGCUGUUGAAAGAAGAGGCUGUGGGAUGGCAAGGGAAGGAGCGGGCGCAAGGCAGUGAGGGGGGGUGUGGGGACCCCCGACCCGAGGAAGAGGCAGGAAGACCCCUUGACGUGGAGGAUGCUGAGGAGACUGAAGGCCGGAGAGCAGAGGCCGAGGAGAUUGUUCCAGAAGGCCUGGAGGACGUCCAGGGCCCGGAGGACCAGUCAACAAGCCAGGAGCCUGCAGAGGCCGAGCGUGGGCCCCACAGGGAGACGGGGGCGACGGCAGGAAGUGCUGGAGGGGGUGCUUGCGGCCUCUGGAGGGAGGCCCUGCUCCCUGGGGCUCUCCUAGACGUCUCCGCCCCCCGGAGCCGGGUCCUCCUGUCUCGCAACUCCUCGCUGCGCCGCUCCCGGCCCUCUUCCCGACGGACCCGCGUGCCCGAGCGGCAAGAGGUGCCUCCCAGCCCCCCACCAGAGGAAGAGCUGUCAGCCCCGGAGCAGAGACUCCUCCAAGCAGAGGAGCCCCCAGAACCCAGCCCCCCAAAGCCUGAAGGGACCCCACUGCCAGCCAGGAGAAGGCCCCUGGGACGUGGGUUUGGCCUUGCACACACGGGUAUGAUGCAGGAAUUGCAAGCCCGCCUGGGCCAGCCAAAGCCGCAGUGAGGGGCCCCUGAGCCCCCCGGGAGCCUGGCCCCGCGUGAGGGUCAGAAGGACUGCCGAAUCCUGCGUCGCCUCUUUCCAUCUGCCACUCUGGACACGCUGUUUCUGCCUCUGGGCCUCAGCUUUUCGGUGUGUUACUCAUGGAGCAGACAGAACCAGACGCCUGUGAGAACCAUGAACUUGAGGAGCGCGAAUCCGUGAUGCGGCCCACGGACGUCCUGCCCCACCAGGACCGCCUCUCACGGCAGGUGCUGAGCACCUCUCCCGUCUGUCUUGGCCGUCUGGAGGACAGAGGGGACCGGACAACGCUCCCCGCAGCCUUCCCUCCCUGAUUGCUCCCCAGUCCCCACCGGGGGGCCUUCGGGGGCGCUGUGGAACAGUCACGCCAACCUUGGGGGUGGGAACUGGCCCAGGAGAAGAAGGUCAGUGGCGCCUGUGAGCUCCAUUUGCCAUGGGAAACAGAGGGGCACCAGAGACCUUGAGCUUUCCAAAAUCUCGCAACUCUGCUAGUUACCAUGGAAACCACCAGCCCAGCAAGCCAGAAUAGAGGAAGGAGCCCCCAGAAUUUAGGAGCAGAAAG